AUGUCAACAGAUAUUAGAGCAUUCUUCCAGCGCAAGGUAGACCAAGUCAGAGACGACUAUGAUGCCAAACGAGGACAACAGCAUCAACAAGAACAAGACCUAGAACAACAACAACAAUAUAAUAUAUGCAUCAGUGGUGAUGUGAUUGUACAAUUCCCAUUGCAUGCCAAUCAAGUGAUCAUUAAGAGACCAGAGAAGUUAACAACUGUACCUGGCUCAGUCAAUACAUGUGAUGUGUUGCCCAAGCUCAUAGCCAAUGGUUGUUACCCAGGCUUAGUCUUUAACAUCUUUGCCCUGCGUUACAACUCAAUCUCAAGCUUACACUGCUCCUUCAAUGAGCUCAAGUGUUAUGAUCGCGUUGGUGAAGUAUUUAAAGUGUACCGCUCAUUCCUCAGGAACAAUACAAGAGCAUAUGACUACCCAAGACCAUACCAUUAUGUUGCUGGACCUGCCGAGACUUAUCUUGCACGUUACACACCAGACAAUAAUGUUGAAGUUGUCUGUUUAUUGAUCAAUCAUGCUCCUUCCAACUACAUGUUAUACAAUGUAUCAAAGGAGACGCACAUCAUCGGUGAGAAGGACUUCCAGAUUGAGAUCGUUAAUCAAGAGCCAGCAAGCUCAUUGAGCGAGGCUAAGAUUAUGGUGAGCCAAGUAUUCAAGGAGCUGACCAAUCAUGAGAUGGAGCAAGAUGUACUGAUCAAACCAAAGGAUGGAUACUUUGGUCACUACUCCACCCUACUUCCAUUGAGACACAAGAUACCACCUCUCAAACAACUUUGUUACUCCUUACUCCAAGCACUCUACUUUGUUGAUAGGGACGACUUCAACUCUAAGGUGUGCCAUUUGUCAUAUGAUGUGUUGAAGGAGUUCUGCCAUUCAUGUCUGGAAGACCCAAGGCCUCAAGGCUAUGAGGUGGCCGAGUACUUGUUAUCAACACAACUGGUUGUUGUGGAUCAGAUAGUUGAGGAACUAUUCCCAUUCAACUUGUUUGUUCAAUCAAUGAUGAGAAGACACCUUCAUAUAUUCAACAUUAAGCAAGACCUGAAUUGGAUUAACGAAUCAAGCAUGGUUGCCCAACCCUUGGGAAUGAUACCAUUGAUCAAUGUAUAUGAUCAGAACAACAAACAUCAUCAAAAGCUCAAGUUCAAGCAGAUACCGGUUGGCAAUGUACUCAUGGGUGCCAGAGAGCCAGCCCAGCUCACUCCAGGCUCACCAUCAAUCGUGGAUAUGGAAUCAUUCCUGAAGAACUUUGAUGUGUUCACAUCCGAUCGAUUCAAAGACUUGACGGAUAAUCAUUGGAACAACAUAGUGUUCAUUGGUGGUGGCAUGACUCAUUGUCUAAUCGGUGCCCAGACCAAAGGUUAUGAACAGGCUGACAUUGAUAUUUGUUUCCAUGGCCUACAGAGCAUCACAGAGUUGAGCAACAAGGUGGAGCAGCUGAUGGAGACACUCGGCGACAUUAGUCAGUACACGAUCACUUGUGAUCAACAUAUGAUAAUAUUGUCAAGACACCAUCCCUACCGUCACAUCCAGAUCAACUUACACAAGUAUGAAUCAAUCGAACAUAUCUUGAUGGGCGUUGAUAUUGAUUGUACAUGCUUUGCCUACGAUGGCCAUAAUGUAUGGACAACUCAACGUGGAGUCAUGGCUAUGAACUAUCGCCACAACUUUGCCACGGACUAUGGCCAGAGGAUAAGAGGUGAGGACCAGUAUCCAAGACGUCUGAUCAAGUAUGUCCUGCGUGGCUUUGGCAUUGCAUACUUCCCAACACCAGCCAUCACCGAUCAGAUCAACAAGAUGGUGAAGCCAGUGGAAAAAGGACAUGGAUUGGAGUUAUUGAUCUCGGCCAAAAGAGACAAUAACAUAUUCGAAUCACUCUGCGCCAGGACCUGCAGGAGCACACUACCCUAUGGCCCAAACAUCAACAGAGAGGAGUUUUAUAACUUCAUAACAUCCAACUUUGACGACAACUAUGAUAGCUAUUAUGGAACAUGUGAUUGGCCUUUCAUAUACCAUAACCAAGGACCCGUCCACUCAUUCUUCCAAGAUCUUGGACACAAUCUACAAUAUUGGUGUCCAGAGACCUACCCAUCCAUCCGUUAUCCAUUCAAUCACUUUGCUCAUGGUGACUACGUAUCACUGAACGACGAUCAAUUGUACACGGUUGAUGAAGGUUAUGAUGGUACCCUCGAUCAACCUGAGGAAUAA